AUGGGGCUCGGUGUCCUCGAGGCGAAUACUACUGCGCACGUUCCUGGAACUGUCCUUCUGGACCAGCGAGCUGCCCAUUCUGAGCAGCAGACAGGUCGUCUCAAGCAUGGCUCGGGACGAAACGCGCAUAUUGUUUUGGCACCACAGCCCUCCGAGGAUCCGAAUGAUCCACUGAACUGGUCAUUCUUCAAGAAGCAUAUCGUUCUCGCCAUCAUUUUCUUUGGGGUCAUCAUCCACGGUGUCGUACCGGGACCGAUUCUCAAUGCUGGCAUCAUUCAAAUCUCCCUGGAUCUCAAACGCUCUCCGACCGAUGUCGCCAAACUCUCGGGUUAUUCUCUCCUCGCGACUGGAGCCAUGGGCCCCUUUGCCUCUGCCUUGGGUCGGAAGUACGGGAAACGACCCAUGUACGUGUUCUCAUCCUUGAUCGGCACCAUUGGCAUCAUCGUCUCCGAAGUGGCGUCUGGUUACAACACGCUCCUGUCUGGUCGGGUUCUUCAAGGAAUAGGCAUCGCCGCAUACGAGUCGCUUGCUGUGGCAUCCAUCGGCGACAUGUUUUUCGUCCACGAGAGAGGCCCCCGAGUUGCCAUUAUCAUCUUCCUGUUGGCUGCGAUCUCUAACGGCAUUUCCAUUAUUGCUGGCGUCAUCACUUAUCACCUGGGCUGGCAUUAUAAUUUCCACAUCUACAUCCCUUUUGCGGCGCUCCAAACGAUCCUGGUGAUCUUGUACUGCCCUGAGACGAUGUAUCGACGAAAAGCCAUCUACGAAAUUGACACGGCGGGCUCCGAGGAAAACCUGGAGAAACUGGCAGGCGUAGAAGAACGAGCAGCACAUCACUCGGAGGGCCAUGUGGAUAAAAAUGCCGACCUGGAGAAGACAAUAACCAACACCACCCAGACGUCGGUGGAUUCUGUCCCCCCGCCAAAGACGUUCGUCCAACAACUUGCCCUCUACAACGGCACCUUUGUGGAAGACUCGGUCAUCAAGAUGGCGAUUGCCUCUGUUGCCAUCCUGCUCAACCUGGGAGCGCUCUAUCAGGUGUUGAUGACCGGAGUCAUUAUUGCCUGGUAUGUGGCCGUGGCCAUCUUGUCCGGUGUCAUCUUCGCCUCCCCUCCCUACCUCAUGUCCUCCGCCUCUGUCGGGUACAUGUCAGCCGGGCCAUUCAUCGGCGGGUUGUUGGGGGCGGUCUUUUCAUUUGUGGUCUCGGAGCCUUUGGUGAAGAUGAUGUCGCGUCGGAACAACGGGGUCUAUGAACCGGAAUUUGCGCUUCUCCCUGUCAGCCUCGGUGGCGUGUGCUCGGUUGCCGGUUUGGUUGGUUGGGCCUACGCGGUCAAGAACUUUGAGAACAUCUACCUGAUCUGCUUCAUUUGGGGAGUGAUUCUGUUUGGAAUGACCAUCAUUGCCAGCUUUGCGACACAGUGGGCCCUCGACGCUUAUCGCCAGAACAGCACAGAGCUGUUUAUCAUGAAUAUGGUGUUCAAGAACUUCUUUUUCUACGGGCUCACAAACUACGUUAUCAACUGGUAUCUGGACCAUGGCGCUGUCGAAAUGGCGGGGACCAUGGCCGGGAUCACCGGGUUCUUGUGCGUGCUGGGUGUGCCGAUGUACAUCUUCGGUAAGAAGUACCGGUAUUUCUGGCACAAGCAUAACGCGCUGAAGUGGUUACACCUGGAAACGGACCACGCUGGGGCUGAAGGGGGAAUGUGA